GACCACCACACCACCACCUCCACCACCGCCACCAACAGCUUGCUUCUCACACAACAAACGGAAACGUUAACUCUUCCCCAAACAGACUUGUGCAGGCAGGCGUCUCACAGACCCCAGAGAGACCAUCUCGAAGAAAAAGCUGCAAUAGUCACAAUUUUCUACACAAACUGCCACCUCUCCAUGCAGUCAUGUUCUCCUUCAUCUCUGCAUUCUGGGUGGGACUCCUGCUGUGCCUCCCCCUUCCAACCAGCCAAAACUGCAACACUGGCUUAGCCAGUGAGUGCAAAGAGGCAGAGCUAGUCCCUGGGUCCAAUCUUGCCGGGGAAGGAUUUGACAUCACCCAAAUGAAGCGUAAAGGUGCAUAUGUCCUGAACAUGAAUGAUUGGAAACGCAAAGACAAAACAUGCACAAUUUGCAAGAAUCCGUAUCUAGAUGGGAAAAUGCAAAAGUUGCCACUCUCUGUUGUGGAUUGGAGGGCAAACCGCCAAUGCAGUCUGAAAGUGGCCAGCACGCUGUACCAGUCCAGCGAGUCCCUCGUAAGCUCCAGCUUGAACAGUGUGGAGAACAACUGGAAGGUAAAUUUAGAGGCCUCAGUCAAGACAGCUAAAGGAUCGUUAAUGAUGGCAGGAACCCAUUCCAAAAUGGCAGAGUUCUCCAUGGAGAAAACCAAAAAGGACAAGUUCAGUUUUACCAGCCACCAAAUGUCAUGUCGCUAUUACAGCUAUAGGGUGUCCAGUAGGCCCCGCAAACACCCUGAAUUUCUGCGAUCUGUGAAGCUCCUCCCAAAGGCAUACACGCAGGAAAGCAAACAGCGCUACUACAAAUUAAUUGACAUCUUUGGAACUCACUUCAUCACCAAGGUGGAGCUGGGAGGCAGCGUUCACUCAGUCACCAGCAUCAAGCAGUGCCAGGCUGCACUGCAGGGCCUGAAUGCGGAGGAGGUGAAGAUGUGCCUGGAUGUGGAGGCUGCAGCCAGCGUGGGGGAUAACACACUGACCACCGAGGUCAAGCACUGCCAAACUGCCACGGACAAGCUGGAGAACAAGGCCAGCUUCUCCAGCAGCUUCAACGACAGGAUGACUGAGAUUAAAGGGGGGCACACCACAGACGCCGAGUUACUGUUUUCAGCCAACAAAGAUCCAGGGGCCUACAAGGAGUGGUUGUCCUCCCUGCCACUGAGCCCAGACCUGCUGUCCUACUCCCUUGAUGCACUCCAUGAACUCCUCCCCACCUCUGACCCUGCCAGACGGCACUUGCGCAAGGCCAUCAGCCACUAUAUCCUGGAGAAGUCCCUCUGGAAGAACUGCUCUGCCCCCUGCCAGGUUGGCAUUAAGACACAUCCCCAAGACUCAUGUAUCUGCAAUUGCCAUAACAACCCUCAUGUGACCCCGGACUGCUGUCCGACAAAGAAAGGGAUGGCCCGGGUGAAUGUGACUGUGCAGAAGGCUGUGGGCCUGUGGGGAGACUACAACACAGGAACAGAUGGGUAUGUGAAGCUGUUUCUCUCCAAAAGGGAGGUUGGUCGCACAAGGGUGAUCUGGAACAACAACAGCCCCAGCUGGGACUACCCCAUUGACCUGGGCGUUGUUCAACUGCUACCAGACCACCAGAUAAAAUUCGAAGUGUGGGACGAGGACAGUAAGUGGGACGAUGACCAUCUGGGUGGAUGCUCGGUUCAGCUGAUAGCGGGGGUCAAGACAGACAUUUGCAAGCUCAGUCAUGGGGAGCUGUAUUAUAAGACUGAAGUGGUAUGUGCUCCAAGUUUGGGGGGUCCUGCUUGCAAUAACUAUGUAGGGUCUCCAAUGAACUCCCACCUUGAGAAGGCCUAUGUGUCACGCCACGCAAGGCCAGUGCCUAGGGAGAUGCUCACAGAAAUGGGAGUGUUCCUGGACAAAGAUCCUCUCUUUGCCAAUCACAGCAUCUCCAGGCUGACCAAAAAUUAAGAAGCAUCUCAGGCAUAACUAUAUAACUACAAUGCAGACAAGCUUACUGGCCAAACAUAUACUCAAUUUAGCAUGAAAUUAAUCACUCUUGAUAACUGUUUGUUCUAAAAAAAACUUUUUGGAUACUCAGUAAAGGUGUACACGUAUAUUACUCAUUUUCUUCAACUGCAUGAUAGCCACAAAACUGUUUAGAAUGCUUAUUAUUCAUAUUUCUUUAUAAGACUUUAUUUUAAAAUGUGUAUUUUUAUUUCAAAACUGGUAUUACCUGUUUUUUCAUUGCAAUCAUUCCUGCCUGUUCUACAGCAAUUAUGAAACUUUUUUUAUCGCAAAAAUAAAAUCUGCUACAAAGCAAA